AUGACGAUAACUCUAUCCGUUUUGGAAAUCCCAGUUUCACCAGAUCCACCUACAAAAUUCAAGGAAAAAUUGAGCAGACCACAACAGCUUGGCACGUUUUGUCACAGCACGUGGCGUGCUCUGAUUGGUUGCCUUAAUGGAUCGGGUAGCCGGUCGAUGAGUCAUAAGGCUCAGGGAUGGGCAGGCUUGAACGCGCUAAGUGGGGCGUCUGCGGUUUUAAUAACGCCG